AGAUGGAACCAUACGGAAUAAAGCGGUAGUCUCGUGCUCAAAACAUCCGGUCUAUCAGAGAUGGCCGCUUCAAGGUUACCGUCUGCAGCGCUUUCUCUGAAACAGUUCUUACAGAGACAGAGAGUUUUGGGGAUCUACAGGAACAUGCUGAGGGCCAUACGGAAGGUACCUGACCAGGCAGACAGGAAGUACCUCAGUGACUGGGCCAGAGAUGAGUUCAAGAGGAACAAGAACGCCACAGACCAGGAUGCCAUCCGUAUGAUGAUCACACAAGCAAGCAACCACCUGGAGGAGCUGCACAAGUCUCUGGCGUUGGCCGGCCGGUGACUGGGAGCUGCUCGGGAUCUGGACUUCUUCCUGGGGGUCUGGACUGCUUACUAGGGGUUUGUUCUGCUUCUUGGGGGUCUGGACUACUUCCUGAGGGUCUGGACUGCUUUCUGUGGAGACUGCGUGCAGGGGAGUGUUGCUGUCCGUGCGCGCUGCUGGACCUUUUUCAGGAUGCGUUGAUGAACUGACCCAGAGGCUCCAGCCAUUAACCCAUGAGGCUGACUGGAACACACAGCCCUACUGCUGUAAAUAAUAUGUUAUGAUAUUGUAUAUUAAAGGGAAACUAAUGACACCACAGAUGAUUCAGAAUGUUCUUUUUUUUAAUACAAAAUGCAUUAUUCAUAUCCACAGAGUUAUUCAUGUGUAACUAAGCAACAUGUUGAGCAGACAGUCACUACAUCAGUCAGUAACAAUGCAACAUGACAAGUGAUGUUUUCCAUCCGGACUGUCCUCAGCAUGCAGGGAGACGAGAUUACAAAGGACUGUUCAGGGCCGGGACGCGGUUUGGUUUGGUGUCCUCCAGGGCGGACUCAUGAUUAUUUAUUAUCCAUUCAUCAGUUGUUCUGUGAAACUCCAGAAAAAAGUGAACAAUGAUAUUAAAAGGGACAGAAGCAGCCAAUCCUCACAACUGCAA